AUGAAAGCAAUCAUCGCUUCAACAUUCGUUCUGUACCUCCUCGUCACCUUCGCCAUUCAACUCCUUGAAGUGCCCACAGUACGACUAUUCGAAAUCGCGAUAUGCGAUCGAUAUUUUCGAACGACGAAUACCGGAGUUCACUCGACUCUGUUCAAAGAUAUUGAUGAAUCUUCUUGUAAAAUACCCCCUAUUCAGAAUGAGCUUGCUGAAAUCGCUGGGUGGAAGACCUCUUUUGAUGCGGUACCAGGCCUCUUGACAGCAUUAUGGUAUGGAUCGGUGGCUGAUCGGUAUGGUCAACGACUCGUCCUGUUCUUGUCCUUAACUGGAAGUCUUAUGGGUUUGGUAUGGAUCGUUUUUGUCUGUAAAUACAACAUCAUUUUUGCGCCGCAGAUGGUCUGGAUAUCAUCGAUAUUCCUAUUCAUCGGCGGAGGCGUACGAGUUUUCAAUUCGGUGAUAUUUUCCAUCAUCUCGGAUAGCUUAGGUCAUUCGCAACGAACCAAGUUUCUAUAUCUACUUGCUGCAGGACCUCAUAUCAAUAGACUGAUCAGUCCUCGGGUAGCGACAUUCCUGAUGGGCUAUAGCAUAUACGUUCCUUUCUGGGUAGCCAUUACGACUGACUGCAUAUGUUUACUCAUGCUGGUCGCCUGGCCAAACCAGAGCAAGAAGGAAACAUUCAUGGUUGACAGAACGGGAGAAAUGGAUUCCACAGAUGCAGAUUCUGUGAGCGAUUCAUCAAACGUCUACACCCCAUUACUUGGCUCUUCAUCAUCAUCAGCCUCAUCACCAUCUUCGCCGAUAAGCAGCAACAAUGACCAACAACUAUCAACAAUCCUGAAGACCGCUGUUCUGCUUCUCAGACAUCCAGCAUCCCGCUUCUGCUUCAUCACCUACAUCCUAAAACGCAUCGCCUUUGCUAGCGAAGGCUUCAUGUUUCAAUAUGCAUCCGAGAAGUUCCUCUGGCCAUUGCAUCAAACAACCUGGCUACGAGUAGGUCAAGCAUCAGGAGCAAUUCUCGCGACGCUUAUACUAUGUCCUUUGAUUAUGUCAAUCUUCUCCAAGACUACGACCGCAGACACUAUGAUUGGAGAUAGCAGUAGGACGUCGAAGAUCAGCUGCGGAAGAUUUUCAGCGCACGUAAUCGAUCUGACCAUGAUCCGAUCAGCAUUAAGCAUACUUACACUCUCCUUCUUCGCAGCUUGGAAAGCCCCCUCAGCCCAAUGGCAGGUUGCGGGCUCGGCGAAGGCCUUGAGCCAGCUUUACAAGGUUUAA